AUGUCGUCUGGCACGCGCCGCGCGAACGGCACAGCCUCUGCAGCUGCGGACCACGAACGACUUUCGAGGGCGUCACGCAUGAACACUGCGGCGAACGGGGGAGGCAGCGGCAGCGGCAGCGCUCACGCGAGCUUUAGGAGCGAACGCAGCGAGCGGAGCGAUGCGCGGCAGCAGCAGAGGGAACGGGAGCGCGAGAGGGAACGAGAACGGGAUCGCGAGUCGGGAAGCAAUGCGCACAAGAGGUCUGCGUCGGGAAACCCUCGCACCACGAGCAGGACGCAGGACGACCGCCACGUAGAGGAGAGGAGAACAGAGAGGACGUAUGUGACCCAGCUGGAGACGCUUGUGCAGCGGACGCGGAGCCCUGAGAGGGGGGACCGCAGAGGCGACAAGGGCAAGCCGAAGGAGGACAAGUCGCGAUCAGCCGAGACGAAGCUUAAGGAGGCCAGGGUCGAAACCCCGUCCGCACCGUGGAACCCAGAGGCGACGCUUCUCCCCCAUACAUCUGCCCCCUUAGCGUGUCGAAUAUCCAUACCGCCAUUGGCGUCCCAAGCGCCCCAGCCCCAGCAACCGAAGCCACUUAGCGAGCUGUCACUCGAGGCACAGGAGGCGGUCAUGAUUGAGGAUCUGCUGUUCGUGUUCAUGGGCUACGAGGGCCAGUAUAUCCGCUUCGCCAAGACGUACAACCCGCACGAGGAGAGGGAUCGUCUUUCAGGGCCAACAUUUAGAAUAUUGCCUGGCCUGGACCCGAGCCUGCAGGAUCUGACGGCGUCAAUGCUGAAGAUGGCGACGUACUACUCUGCUCUCGAGAUGUUCGUCGACGUGCAGAGCAGAGAGGAGUUUGGCGCCGUCAACCACGCGUUAUGUGCCUCCGUCAGGAAGUUCCUUCACGACUACCUUGUCAUGAUUGCGCAACUUGAGACGCAAUUUCUGACAAACGAGACCUUCACGCUCCACGUAUUAAACAUUCACACCCUGCCUACCAACCAGAUGAUGUCACACCUGUACUCUUUGGCACACGAACUGCUGAAGCGAAACGCACUCCUAGACGACGAUGACGAGGAGGAAGAGAGCGACAGCGCGGACGACUUUGAGAACAUUCUAGAGUCCCUGCGUGAGGGCGGCGAUCUGGUGCCGGGAUCGGGGAAGAAGAUCUCCAAAGGCGGCGUCGUGCUCGGCUUGCUCACCAAGAGGCUGGAGUCCCUGUCAGGAGACCCCGCGGCGCGCGCACUACUGACAACGCUGCUCCGAGACGCCAGCAAACCGUACAUGGUCAUGCUGAACGAGUGGCUUCAUCAUGGCGGCAUCAACGACCCACACGCCGAGUUCCUCAUCAAGGAGCAGAAGAGCAUCCGCAGAGAGCGCCUAGAACAGGACUACACGGACGAAUACUGGGAGAGACGGUACACCAUCAGAGAGCACGACAUCCCGCCUCAACUGGAAGGUGUCAAGGACAAGGUCCUGUUGGCAGGAAAGUACCUCAACGUGGUCAGAGAGUGCGGUGGUGUGGACGUCAGCAAGGUCGUCUCGGACGUGCCCAACUCGUUUGACGACAGCCGUUUCCUGGAAAACGUCAACAACGCAUACGCCCACGCCAACGAGUCCCUCAUGCAGCUGUUGCUCACCACACACUCCCUGCCCGCGCGGCUGCGGUCGCUCAAGCACUACUUCUUCUUGGACCCGUCCGACUACUUUUCCUAUUUCCUCGAGCUCGGCGCCUCGGAACUGCGGAAGCCCGUCAAGUCCGUUAACACCGGCAAGCUGCAGUCACUGCUCGACCUCGUCCUGCGCCAGCCUGGCAGCAUCGUGUCUCUGGACCCGUUCAAGGAAGACGUCAAGGUGGAGAUGAACGAAAUCACCCUCACAAAGUCCCUUCAGAGGGUCGUCAACAUCACGGGUAUCGAGCAGGGCGAGUCGCUGCAACCUCUGGCGAACCAGCCGGUCGAGAACGACAAGAACGCGAUUGGCUUCACGUCGCUGCAGCUCGACUACACAGUGCCCUUCCCCGUCUCUUUGGUCAUCAGCCGCAAGACCGUGUGGCGUUACCAGGCGCUGUUCCGCUACCUGCUCUCGCUCAGAUACCUCGAGUCCCAGCUGUCGACGACGUGGCACUCGCAGACGACAGGCAUGACGUGGUCUCACAAGAGCUCCUCGCGCAGCCUCGAGAUUUGGAAGCGCCGGGUAUGGACGCUUCGCGCGCGCAUGUUGGUGUUUGUGCAGCAGCUCUUGUACUUUUGCACGGCCGAGGUCAUUGAGCCCAACUGGGCCAAGUUCAUGUCCAGGCUCAAGGUCAAGGAGGACGGCCAGGACGGUUCUAGUACCACCGAGGGACCGACAAGGACGGUGGACGAGCUGAUGCAGGACCAUGUGGAUUUCUUGGACACGUGCUUGAAGGAGUGCAUGCUCACCAACAGCAAGCUACUGAGGAUCCACUCAAAGCUGAUGCAAACCUGCACAAUCUUUGCGACAUACUCCAACUGGCUCUCGCGUGAGCUGGAAAAGGCCGAUCCAGACUUGUCCGGCGCCACCAAGCCGCCCAACAUGACGCAGAAGCAGUGGCGCGCCUUUCAGGAGGUGCGCACGCAGAAGCCCUCGGGCUCGCACAGCGAGUCGACAUCGUCGGCGGGUGCCGGCGAGCAGCACGAGGCCCGCGUGGGCAACCUGUUUGAGAUCAUGAAGAAGUGGGAGGGCAACUUUAGCAGGCACCUGCAGAUCCUCCUGGACGCGCUGAAUCACUACGCCGCCACGGAGACGGUUGUGCUGCUCAGUUUAUGCGCGCGGCUUAGCACGGCCAACCAGGGAACCGAGUAUGCGGGGUUGAGGAACGAGGAGGACAGCAUGGCAUGA